AUGAGUGCAUUACUAUCAGCAGAUGAUCUAAACGACUUCAUAACACCAGGAGUAGCCUGUAUAAAGCCAGUAACAAACAACUCCCAACCUCCAACUUCCACACUCAACGAACACGGAGAAGUCGAAAUUCAAAUUGAUGAAAAUGGAAACCCUCUCGAAAUUUCCAAAAUUGAUGGCAAACAAACUACCUUAUCACCAGCUCAGAUCUCAUUAGCAGAUUGUCUUGCAUGUUCAGGAUGCAUAACAUCAGCUGAAGAAGUUCUUGUUGCCCAACAUUCCCAUCAAGAAUUACUUAAAGCCUUAUCUAAUCGUCAAGAAGAUAUGAUCUUUGUCGCAAGUAUAUCCCAUCAAUCUCGAGCUUCGUUAGCUACCGCAUACAACCUAUCUAUCGAAUCAGUAGACAGACUAUUAAUAAACUUAUUCAUCAACAAGCUUGGGUUUAAAUAUAUAGUGGGUACGUCUUUAGGUAGAAAAUUGUCAUUAAUCCAAGAAGCAUCUCAAUUGAUUUCCCAAAAAGAACAAGGAACUUUGCAAACACCGGUAUUAUCUUCAAUAUGUCCCGGUUGGGUCCUCUAUGCUGAAAAGACCCAUCCAUAUAUUCUUCCUCGGAUGUCGACUACCAAAUCACCACAACAGAUAACAGGAUAUCUUUUGAAGACGUUGGUUGCCGCGGAAGAAGGCGGGAUAGGCAGAAACAAGAUAUAUCAUCUUUCAAUCAUGCCUUGCUUUGAUAAGAAGCUUGAAAGUGCCCGUCCUGAGAUAUAUGGAGAUCCCACCCCUGAUGUGGAUUGUGUAUUGACCGCAAAGGAAUUGGUUACGUUGUUUGCUGAACAAGAUAUCGACUUUCUCGAUGACCAGGUGCAAAAAGAGAGCAUAGAAGAUAUUGAUGAACUUUAUAGAAGAUAUGCACCCUCAAAUUGGCCCUAUGUUGAAUAUUCAUGGAGUAAUGACCCAGGAUCAAGUAGUGGAGGAUAUGCAUUUCAUUAUUUGAAAAUAUAUCAAUAUCAUCUAAUCAAUACCCAACCUAAUGUUUAUCAUGAUGACAAAUUUGAAAUCAAGUUAAUCAAUGGGAAGAAUUCAGAUAUUUAUGAAUUAAGACUAUAUUACGAUUCGAAACAAAUUGCAUCUAGUGCAGUUGUGAAUGGAUUUCGAAAUAUUCAAAACCUCGUUCGGAAAUUAAAACCAGUCGAAUCGAACGGAAAAUCCUCCACUACAACUACUAGAGCCAACCCCUUGGCAGCCCGUCGAAGAGCAAGAAUGGCCAAUAAGACAUCAGCCCUGUCUGGCGAUAUUGAAAUCGCAGACGCUUCGAAAUGUGACUAUGUCGAAAUAAUGGCUUGUCCAAAUGGAUGUAUCAACGGAGGUGGACAAAUUAUGCCACCGGAUAAAACACAAGAAAAAGAAUGGUUGAAUGAAGUAAUGGCGAAAUAUAAUAGUAUUUCCAUGUUUGAUUUACCAAGUGAACAUCGUGAUGAUAUGGAGAUGUUGGUGAAAUGGAGUAAUGAGGUGCUUGAUUGUGGGGAGGAUGGACAUGAUAGAGUGUAUAAAACGUAUUUUAAUGAGGUUGAGAAACCAACUGACCCAAAUGCAGUGUUGUUGGGUGCUAAGUGGUAA